GGAGAUAGUACUAUAGUCAGCGCGUUAAAGUAGGAUGCGAAUGACAGUUAUAUUAAAACCUUAAAAAAUUCUAAACGAUUAAAUAUUAGAUUAAUAUCAACUAAAUAUUAUAUUGCUAUGAAUGUAUCGGCUAUGAUUUCAAGAUUGACUUUAAUUUAAAAAAUCAUUUGAAUUAAAAAAAUGAAUACAGUUAUUUUUCAGUAACAACUACUCAAAUGGAGUAAUCACUCGCAUCAUGCUACAACGCGCAAUAAAUAACUUCAGAUCUUCGGAACGAUGUUGUAUCAAAUUCAACAUAACCUUUCUUUUAAAUUGUUUCGAAUAUUAUCUAAAAAUAAAUAUGAAUAUAUGAGAUUUUUCUGUACUAAACAAUCUUACAAUGUACUUUUUUUUGGUUCUGACAGUAUAGCACUGAGUAGUCUAAAAAAAGUAAACGAAUUCAGGAAAACCAGCCAUAUAAUUAAACGUUUAAACCUUGUUACAAGUAAUAAAUCAAAAAAUAAGACUGAAAUUGAAAAAUAUGCAACAAAUGAAAAAUUACAAAUAUUAACAUGGCCUCUUCGCGACAUUCAUUCGGGAGAAUACGAUAUUGGUCUAAUUGUUGCAUUUGGCCACUUGAUCAAGGAUGAUGUUCUACAAAAAUUUCCUCUGGGAAUGGUAAAUGUGCAUCCAAGUUUAUUACCGAGAUGGCGUGGAGCUGCACCUAUUAUUCACACAUUGUUACAUGGCGAUCAAAUAACUGGUGUCUCUCUUAUGAAAAUCAAAGCAAAUAUAUUUGAUGUGGGUGAAAUUAUAAGUCAAAAAACAGUUCCACUUUCAAAAGAUAUAAGGUUACCAGAAUUAACUAAACAAUUGUCAGAGAUUGGUGCAGAUAUGUUAGUACAAUGUAUAAAAUCAUUACCAGAGAGUUUAACCAAUGCAAAACCACAAAGUUCUGAAGGUGUCACAUAUGCUAAAAAAAUUAAUAAAACUAUAAGUGAAGUAAGAUGGACAGAAAUGGAUGCAUUACAAGUAUAUAAUCUCUAUAGAGCAAUAUAUGGCUUAUAUCCAUUGACUACAAAAUUCAGAGAUAAGCAGAUGAAAUUAUUUAAUGCAUUUAUACAAGAAGAUGGUACUGUUGCAGAUACCAGUGUACCAGUAGGAACACUUGAAUACUGUCAAAAAUUCAAUGCAAUAAGGAUAUUAUGUAAAGAUAGAAAAUACGUAUAUUUUAAAUCUCUUAGAAUAGUAGGCAAAAGAGAAAUAUCCGCAUUAGAUUUCUAUAAUGGUUAUAUCAAAAAUGUCUCGGGAAAUGACAGAAAAUGUAUAGUUUCACAAUGUGUAAAUUAAACAUUUUAAUUUAUAAAAAUUGUUAUCUUUUUAAAUAU